UAUGAGAUUGAGCUGCAUGGUAUUGCUAGUGGUCAGUGCUCUCCACCGGUAAAAGGAGAGGCAACAACAGGUUUGGGAUCUCCACAAGGACUAUCCUUCUCUGAUAUCACUGAGAAAUCUGCCAAAGUUAUCUGGCUAGCUCCAAGAAUACGGGUGAACAAAUUCGUCAUCACAUAUGUUCCUGUGGCUGGAGGGGCCAGUAGCACAGUUGAAGUUGAUGGAUCAAGAACACAAACUACCUUGGUCAACCUCUUGCCAGGAGUUGAAUACCUUGUAAGCAUCGUGUCCGUGAAAGGAAGUGAACAAAGCCAACCUGCUUCUGGUUCUCUGACCACAGCCCUUGACAGUCCAUCAGCACUUCGGGCCAUCAAUGUCACAGAGUCUGAGGCUUUAGCACUGUGGAAAACCCUCUUUGGCUUCUGUGGACAAUUAUGUUAUCUCCUACUCAGCAAAGAACGCUCCUGCUAUGGAUGUAACGGUUUCAGGAAACACAGUGGAAAACAAUAUUAUUGGACUUCAGCUGGCUAUGGAAUACACACUAAAAAUCUACGCUGUUAGAGGACUCUUUAGAAGCAAGGAAAUCUCUACGACCUUCACAACCGCAUUGGAUGGCCCUAGAGAUCUAGCUGCAAGUGAACUCCAGGCCGACUCAGCUCUGGUCACGUGGAGACCCCCAAGAUCCAUUAUUACCGGUUUCUUGCUGAUCUAUGAGUCUGUAGAUGGAACAGUCAAGGAAGUCGCUCUGGGGCCUGAUGCUACUUCAUACAGAUUGCUAGAUCUCAGCCCAUCUGCUAAAUACACUGUAAGACUGCAGUCCAUAAAUGGAAAUGUCAAGAGUAAAUUCAUCCAAACUGAAUUCACAACAACUGGGCGUCUGUAUCCAUUGCCUAGAGACUGCUCGCAAGCCCUUCUGAAUGGAGAAACAGAGUCAGGAAUGUAUACCAUAUAUGCCAACGGCGAUCAGUCUCAACCCAUGGAAGUCUACUGUGACAUGAAUGUUGAUGGUGGAGGAUGGAUUGUGUUUUUAAGACGAAUUGAUGGUUCUGAAGAUUUUUACAAAAACUGGAGGACAUAUGCUAGUGGAUUUGGAGAUUCAUUUAAGGAGUUCUUCUUGGGUUUGGAUAACUUGCACAAGAUCACAUCGCAGGGACAGUACGAGUUACGUGUGGACCUCAGGGACCACGGGGAGACGGUUUACGCUGUCUAUGACAAGUUUAGCGUUGCAGACUCAAAGAAGCGGUACAGACUUUCAGUCAGUGGCUACAGCGGUACAGCAGGAGAUUCAAUGACCUAUCACGAUGGACGCCCAUUUUCCACCUAUGACAAGGACAACGAUUCCGCCAUUACAAACUGUGCCUUGUCCUACAAAGGAGCUUUCUGGUAUAAGAACUGUCACAGAGUCAACCUUCUGGGCAGAUAUGGUGACAACAGCCACAGUCAGGGAGUCAACUGGUUCCAUUGGAAGGGUCACGAAUACUCCAUUCAGUUUGCAGAAAUGAAAGUCAGACCCGUGAGCUUCCGAAAUCUUGAAGGAAGACGGAAGAGAGCAUAA